AUGGAACUGACAGUAAAACUGAUGAACGGAGAUGUGAACUUGAAGCCGCUGAAGGUGAGCGGUGAUGCCACAGUUGGUGAACUCAAGGAACUCAUUUCUAAAGACUUCAAUGAACCUCCUGACAAACAGAAGCUUUCUAUAAAUAACGGUCACCGUAUCUACCUUGAUGAUGAUUCCAGAAGCCUCAGCAGUUACGGGUUGCACUCAGACACAGUGGUGAUGCUGCUCAUCACACCUGAUGAGGUGUUCGUCAAGAACGAGAAGGGCCAGAUUCAUAAGUAUGAAGUUGAUGUCAAUGAGACCGUAGAUCAGCUCCAGAAUAAGAUCUUCCGCAAAGAGAGUGUCCCCAUUGAUCAGCAGAGACUGAUUUACAACGGUAAACAACUGGAGGCUGGAAAGAGGCUGCAAGACUAUGACAUCACAUCUGGAAGCACUAUUUACAUGACUCUCCGUCUCCGAGGAGGUUAAUGAAGGAGAUCCGCAUGACCAGGAUUCAUUACUGAUCCAACUAUUUAUUAAUGAUUAAAGA